UCUCGGACUUCACUCCAACACAGUGACUCAAUAGAACUCAGCUCUGCCAUGAAGUCCGCUGCUCUUUUCCUCUUGGGCAUCAUCUUCCUGGAGCAGUGUGGAGUUCGAGGAACCCUAAUCAUAAGGAAUCCACGAUGCUCCUGCAUCAGCACCAGCCGAGGCACGAUCCACUACAAAUCCCUCAAAGACCUCAAACAGUUUGCCCCUAGCCCCAAUUGCAACAAAACUGAAAUCAUUGCUACACUGAAGAACGGAGAUCAAACCUGCCUAGACCCGGACUCGGCAAACGUGAAGAAGCUGAUGAAAGAAUGGGAAAAGAAGAUCAGUCAAAAGAAAAAGCAAAAGAGGGGGAAAAAACAUCAAAAGAACAAGAAAAACAGAAAACCCAAAACACCCCAAAGUCGUCGUUCAAGGAAGACUACAUAAGAGACUCCUACUUUACCAACAAGCACCCUGCAUCUUAAGGUUGCAGAGCAGCCUUUAAUACAUAGGCUUUUAAUACAUUAACUCAACUACAAAACAUAAAGUGUUAAUUUGAAAUUAUAACUAACGCUAGAAAGUUAAUUGCAAAACUCCAAUAGUAACAAUUGCUAGAGGCAAAAACUCUGUGUUCUACACAGCCAACAAAAUUUCAUCAUGCCCUUGAGCCUAGUCGUGAUAACAUCAGAUCUGGGCAAGUGUCCCUUUCCUUCAUAGCUAUCCCAUGCACAACAGCUGUCUGGCUUCCAGAGCCACACAUUUGGCAGCCUCCGGAGACUUCUGAGGCUCACGUCACCAAGCCCCAGGCCUAUCUGUUUGCUGGUGAGCUAGAUAGACCUCACCAAGCUGGAGAGGCCCUCAGCAGCUGCAUUUGGGUCAGCCUAGAGCCCCUGCACACUGUGUGUCUCAGAGAUAGGUGCUAAUGGUUUGGGGGUUCUACAGUGGAGACCACAAGAGUUGGCCUUCAGAACCUCCCACGUAGCUAUUGAGACCAUGGGAUUUCAUUAUUAACUUGAUCCCAUCUUCAGAGCUUAUUCUAAGUUUGCCUCUUCAAUAAAACUCUCCUAGAAGGUUGUGGCUGUAGCUUAGUGGCAGAACACUUGGUGUUGCAGGGACCAGGUCCUGGAGUCCAUCACUAACAGUGCAAAACCUUAACCAAUUUAAAGAACAUUUUCUGGCUACUCAAAUUCUCUUAAAUUUAUUCCUGUUUCUCGAGUAAACACUUCACUGCUAUCUAAUUGAA